AUGGCUUCUCUUUUCAGGCCUCUCCAGAGAUCUUAUAAUUAUCUUUACCGGACUGCUCACGAGAAGCCAGUGAUGUUUUACUCGGUGGUAUUGGGAGUUAUCGGGCCAGUUAUGACCAUCGCUAUUCCGCCGUUGAGGGAGUCUUUCGGUUACGUGCCCCCUCCAGCGGUCCCUUCCUCGUAUCCUCUGCCGAACAGGCCCAGACGACCUCUCUCUGGAUACGAUGACGAAUAG